AUGACCCGGUCAGAAGAAACACGCAAUCCUUGCCCUGUAAUGAAAGUCCACUCGUCUGGUCUUCCUGACCCUAGCUGGGCUUUUGAAAGCAACUGCCAUAUUGAUUCGGUCUCAGUCAACAGAGAACUCACAAUGAAACAGUCCAAAGAAAUGGAUCAGUUGAAAAAAGUCCAGCUUGAACACCUCGAGUUCCUCGCGGCUAAACUUUCUUUCUGUGUCUCGCCCUCUCGCAGUCUGCAGCUUCUCCUGUCAUCGGAAAUGCCAGGCCAAGGAAAUGUGACCUCUCUGGAUGUGGCAAAUGAGAAAACAGAUCCAGAGGGAGAGGGGCGAAGGCGGCAGCCUCAGCUGGCCGCUCCCGCAAGAGCUGCAAGAACGUUGGUGACCGGAGUAUUUAGCCUCACUGGCAAGAAGCGAGCUAUUUCCACCUCCGUGUGUAUGCUAGCACAUGGAAAUGUCGAGAAGGGUGAAGACUAUGCUCUGCCGAGUUCUGUCGACCGGCGCGACUAUCCCUUGCCUGAUGCAGCCCACGUCAAGAUUGUCUCUGCCAGCCGGAAGACCUUGAAAGAAAAGGAGGAGGCCCCCGGGAGUAUCCUCUCCAUUGAUGAAAAUGUUGAAUUGUGCUGCAGUAAGUUCAGCGAGAGCUUUGCCGAUAUGAACAGGAGCACGCACAAGUGCAAGACGGUUGUGGGCGCCGCCAUGUUCCUGGGGUGUCCCGCUCCUGUUCUGAAAUGGGAGAAGCACUGUGUGUACGGCCCUGUCCCACACACCUUUGAAGAGGAGUGGGUGGCCAAGCCGACCCAGAGGAUGCUCGGUAUGAAGGUCAGCCCGACCCAGGGCUUCUCAGCCAAGUGGGACUACGACAAGAGCAAAGAGAAGAAAUAA